CAAUGUCUGUACAAUCUAGAAAUAUCAAAGCAAGUAUUUAUUGUGUAUAAAUUAGAUCAAUUAAACUCAUCUUAUCAAGGUCCUCCUGGACCUGCUAGUUAUCAUCCACAAUUAGAUUCUUCAUUUACGAAACCCCCAAAAUGGACUAUUAGAGGAGGGAAUUCUAGAGAAAUUCCAGUAUAAUAAAGCCUUCCAGGACCUGGACAAUACCAUCCUAAAUUACCACAAACAUAAAAGAAAACCCUCAUACAUGGAAAGUCAUAUUAGUUUGAUAAAGAAUAGACAAAUAAACCAGGACCAGGAGCUUAUUAAAUAGAAGUUUCUUAACUAUCAAAGAUUGGAUUUAAAAUUGGAAGUGAAAAACGAUAUAAAGAAGAUUAAAAAAGAUGCCCUGGACCUGGAGACUAUGAAAUAAUCUCUAAAUCUAAUGUGCCAUCUUUUAAAGUUGGUAAGUAAUCUCGAUCAGAGAAGAAAGUGAAUAAUAAUGUAGGGCCAGGAUAAUAUAAUAUUCCUUCUUUAAUGAAAACUGAUGCUGGUUUUAAAAUAGUUCCAAGAAGAGAAAAAACUAUACAGAACAUUACUCCAGGUCCAAAUGCAUAUGAAAUUUAAUCAUAAGAAAGAGUAAAAUCUUUUAAGAUUGGAACAAGUAAGAGAGAUGGAAUAUUUAAUAAAUCAAUCUCACCUGGUCCUGGUGAUUAUUCAAUAGAGGUUAUAAAAGAAUAAGCAGGAUAUUCAAUAGGCAGAAGUUAACGAUCAGAUAAGAAGAUAGAUUCUAUUCCAGGUCCAGGCUAUUAUAAAUUAGUUAAGCCUAGUAAUGCACCAAAAUACUCAAUAUAUUAGAGAUAUAAAGAAAAAUCAGAUAUAAUUGGUCCAGGGCCAUAAUCAUAUACUAUAGGAGAUUUUAAGGAUACUAAGACGGUCAUAUUUGGUCAUGCAAAACGUGAUAGUUAUAGUAAAUUAACAGUUCCAGUAAAUUUAAUAUAAAUAAACUUAGGGACCAGGUGAAUAUGAGACAGAUAUAAAAUAAAGAAAGCCACAUGUGAGUAUAAUCUUUGGUAGAGAAAAGAGAUCAUAGAGUUGUUCAGAUCACACUUAAAUACCAGGUCCAGGAUAAUAUGAAAUAUCAACUACUUUUUAUGUUAAAAAAAAAUGA